AUGGUUUUACAGGCAUUUUCUGCUCCCGGAAAGGCCCUUUUGGCCGGAGGAUAUCUUGUUUUAGACCCAGAAUACAAUUCAUAUGUCACAGCAUUAUCAUCCCGUAUGCAUUGUGUAUUUGAUUCGCACCCUUCUGAGAAUGAACUGAAAUCAAUAGUUUCUAUUCUGUCACCUCAGUUUGCAUAUGGAAAGUGGGUUUACGAAGUAGGCUCCAAUUCGGAUUCAAAAGACCGAAUUGAUAGUGUUGAUGUACACCAAAUUGAAGGUCCUAGCAACCCAUUUGUUGAAUCGGUGAUUCGUGUCAUUACAGCAUACGUUGGUGGUAGUGAUAUUCAGAAGUUUGGUGAUGACAUUCUAAUCACUAUUUUCCUGGAUCCAGAAUACCAUACUAGAGAUGGAGCUCAAGCUCAAACAUCAUCUAAUGGUAAAAGGCAAUUCUUAUAUCAUCAAGAAGAUAUAACAAGCGUACCUAAAACAGGUUUGGGAUCAUCUGCUGGACUUGUUACCGUUCUCACUGCGGCCUUAGCCCAAAUAUAUAUCAAAAAAUCUGAUAUUGAUAUUCCAUUGGAUUUGAUUCAUAAUUUAGCUCAAAUUGCCCAUUGUUAUGCUCAAGGUAAGAUUGGAAGUGGAUUUGAUGUUGCAGCAGCAGUUUAUGGUUCUAUUAAAUACCGUAGAUUUGAUCCAGAGUUGAUUGCCGACGUAAUUGAUGGCGCCAAGUCGGUAGCAGAAACAGCAAAUAGAGAAUGGAAUUUUGGUCAUCAAGUGGUACUGCUUCCUCCACGGGUGCGAUUAGUUAUGGGAGAUAUAAAGGGAGGCUCCAAUACUCCUAAGUUGGUGUCUUUAGUCUUAAACUGGAAAAAUUCAAAGCCUUCUGAAAGUGAUGUAGUCUAUGAAAAGUUGAAUAAUGCCAAUGAGCUGUUAAUUGCAAGUUUACAAGCAUUGAAUGCAUUACAUGAAGAGAAUCCUGAAUUAUAUGAUGAAAUGAUGGACUACUUUUCUCAAUUGACUCAAUUACAAACUCAUUGGUAUCUUGGAUUCAAUGAUAACCUCAAGGAACGGUAUCUGGCGAUGUUAGGAUUAAUUAGUGCCAUUAGAUCCAUCCGGUCACAAAUGAGAACCAUGACACGACUUUCCGCUGCCUCGAUUGAACCUAUACCUCAAACAUUUCUUCUCAACCAGUUGGCAGCCCAAGUACCUGGUUGUAUUGGAGGUGUCGUACCGGGUGCGGGUGGCUAUGAUGCAGUGGCGCUUUUGGUUGUUACUAGUAAGGAAGCCUCAGGUCCACUUGCACUCCCUCUAGAACCAGAAGUUGAGCAUCGUGUGUCUAUGCUUCAAUUACGAGAGGAAGCACAAGGUCUUAAACCGGAAGAUGUGAAAAACUAUACAGGCUUGCUCUGA